AUGGCAAGGAAUGAGAAUGCAUCAAUGGCAGUUCAACCUAUUCAACCAAGAAAGGGAAUUCUGCAAUUGGGAAACAAUGAUGCAUCGCUAGCAGAACAAAAGAUUCUAUCUCAACAGAUCGCCAGUUUGAAUGCUAAGUUGGACAAGAUGCAACUUUCUAUAGUUCAAGUUAACUCGGUUAACUGGCUCAUCAACACAAAUCAGGAUGCAUCUCUCAGAAACUUGGAAGAGAGGACUAAAGGCAAGUUUCCAAGUAACACAAUAGUCAAUCCGCGAGAAGAAUGCAAGUCAAUUGUUACAAGAAGCAGAAUUGUGAUCACUUCUCAAGAAAAACAAAAAGUGGUUCAGAAAAAGAAAGCUGACGAACCAGUAAUUGAACCAGAGCAAGAAAAAGAGGAGGAAUUACCUGCAACCGAAGAACCCGCAACAAAAGACAAAGAAGAAGCAAAGGAAAAAGUUGUAGAGAAUCCAAAGAAGCGAUGGGAUUUCUCGCGCUUUGAGAAAAAACCAUAUUCCAUAAAGUCAAAGCAGUAUGCACAAAAGCAACAACAUGCCAGGUUUUUAGAAAUAUUUAAAAUGGCUCUCAUAGAAGAGUGCAGUGCCAUAAUUCAGAAAAAGUUUCCACCAAAGCUUCGAGAUCCAGGGAGUUUCAACAUCCCGAUUGCGAUAGGCAACAUUAACGUUGGCCAUGCAUUGUGCGAUCUUGGAGCAAGCAUUAACCUCAUGCCGCUUUCGGUGAUGAAGUCGGUCAGAAUUUCUGAGUUGAAGCCUACAAUGGUGUCUCUCCAACUAGCUGACAGAACAUUAAGAAGACCGAAUGGAGUAAUAGAAGACGUACUUGUCAAGGUGGACAAGUUCAUCUUUCCUGCUGACUUCGUAGUCCUCGACAUGGAAGAAGAAGGAGACAUGCCUCUUCUGUUGGGUAGGCCGUUCCUGGCCACAGCCAGAGCAAUGAUUGACACAGAGAAAGGAAAGCUGGAGCUGAGAAUGGAUGAUGAAAAGGUCACCAUUAAUGUGUUCAGUGCUAUGAAGCACGCUGAAGAUAAUGGCGACUGCUUUCGAGUGGACAUUAUUGAGAAAAUGUUCCUUGAAAAGAAAUAUGAUCAUACUAUUGAAGAAGAGAAAGAAUUCUUUGAUGAAAAUCUGCCAAAGGAAGAUGCUGAAAUUCCAAUGGAAGAAAUGAAGAAGAAAGAAUCAGACAUCACAACUGAAGCACCAAAGGUGGAGUUAAAAGAGCUUCCACCUAAUCUAAAAUACGUCUUCUUAGUAGAUAAAGAGACGUAUCUUGUCAUCAUCAACAAGUAG